AUGUGUAUCAUGGCUUGUAACCGAUCCAAUGAGAUCCCCAAUCUCUCCAUCGACCAGGGGACCUACCUCAGCCAACACCUGAGUCCCCAGUCUCGACCCGCCGACUUCUUCGACAGGCCCGACCCUCUCGCUGCCAACUGGAGCUAUGACAACGCCAUCGAUCUGUUCUCCAUCAACCCCGCCGAUAUGGAGCCCGUGUCAUUCGACUUCGCCGACAGCCUCACCAAUCUCGAGUCCAAAGAUCUCUUCAACGACCCAUUUGCUAGCUCUGGUAUCAGUGGAUUCACCAUGCCCAUGGCCGAAGAUUCAGCUUCACUAUCAUCGGAAUUCGAAAGUGACGAUCAGACAUGGCCAUCCGCUGCUGCACGGCAAUCCAUCGACUCGAACGCGUUCGAGACCCAGUCGACAAUCCAACCUCCAACCUACACCUCUUCUCAACCCCAAACACAGAGUAAGACCCGCUCAUCUUCAACAAGGUGGUCCUCAAGUCCAGAGAUGAAGGAAGAAGAGGUCGCUACCCCCCAACCCUCCAAGUCCACCGCCUCAUCCCGCAAGACCCGCAGUUUCUCCCGAGACUCAAAUCACUCCUCAACGGGUGGCCAAGACCCUCAAAUGCGGAAUGCUGCUAAGCGCGCGGCUCACAACAUCAUCGAGAAGCGCUACCGCACCAACAUGAACGCCAAAUUUGUUUCCCUCGAGCAGGCCAUCUCGCCCUCGGGUGUUCAAAAACAUACCAAGAUUGGCGCCGGGUCUCUCAAAAAAUCCGAGAUCCUCACCAAUGCUCUUACCUACAUCGACGGCAUUCAGCAAGAAAACCAGGCCCUGCAUAAGGAGCUCGCACUGCUCAAGCAGAACCUGAUACCGGGCGGAAUUUGGCACCAUACCAAAAACCCUCGACUAUGA